GCCUGCAAAGAGAACAGAACUUGCCAAGCCAAAGCAGCCAAGAAAUCACCAAGCCACGAAAAUGUCCAACAUUAAGAAGUUUUGUCUGUGCCUAAUGCUGGCCCUGGCUUGGACCCUGAUCAGUGCGGAUACUCCCAUCAGACACUGUGCGGAUGCCAGCAUUCCCCUGCCGCUGAUGGUGCAGAUCGAUGAGUGCGAAACGCUGCCCUGCGACCUGUGGAAGGGAUCCGAGGCCAAGAUCGACAUCCAGUUCGUUGCCACUCGCAAUUCCAUGAAGCAGUUGUCCGCCGAAGUGCGUCUGACCUCGCUGGGCAUGACCAUACCCUACGAUCUGGAGGCCAGCCGUGCAAAUGUGUGCCAGAAUCUGCUGCACGGCGCCUACUGUCCCCUGGAUGCCGGCGAGGAUGUCACCUACGAGCUGCUGCUGCCAGUGGCCAGCAGUCAACCGGAGGUGCCCACACGCCUGGAGGUACGACUGCUCGAUGUGGAGAAUGGCAAUCGGGUGGUGUCCUGCUUCGUGGCCGAUACGCGCGUCAAGAAGCCCAGUUCGGGGUAGGAUGAACUGAUGACUGAUGACUGUGUUGAGGGGUCUAGGCUAAGUCGAGACAUUGCAUCAAUGUUUCUGCACUGAGCAUCUGGCGAUGCCAAUUAAUAGGCGUAAGUUGUUGUGGCCCUAAGCCCGACAAACACUAUUAGCAGUUAUGAAUAAAUAAUAAGGGGGAAAGCAUUAUGAAUAAUAAACAUGAACA